AUGGCGACUACUACUUCCGAAACACCAGCACACAUGGACUCAACGACAACCCAGGAUAUGACUUCACAUCCUCCUCAGACGGGCAUCUUCAAGCACAUAUCCAGCAUCAUCCCCUAUUUCAAGAACCCACGACAUGUCUUGAUCCUCAAACUUGACUGCCUUCUCCUCACGUGGACGUUCAUCGCUGGUAUCAUGAAGGAGAUGGACCAGUCCGCUACCACACAGGCUUAUGUUUCCGGAAUGCGAGAGGCGCUGGGCUUGUAUGGAAAUGAGCUGGUCAUGUUCAAUACCUUUUUCUCCAUAGGCUCACUGCCGUGCAGAACCUGCCAAGCCAAAAGCGCAACCACAGUCUACGUCCUUCGCUUCUUCCUCGGUCUCUUCUCCGCCGUCUUCUGGCCCAGCGUUGUGUCUCUCAUCUUCAACUGGUACACUCCCAAGGAGCUUGCCUUGCGGAUCGCCUGCUUCAACGUAUCCGACGUAGCAGGCGCCAUGUUUCUCGGCGCUCUGCAGGCAGCUCUAUACCGCAAUUUGAACGGCGCUCACGGGAUCGCGGGAUGGCAGUGGUUGUUUAUCGUUUCGGGGGUCAUCACCAUCGCUCAGGGAAUCGUGGGGUUCUUUGUCAUUCCGGAUACGCCUGCGUACACUCGUGCGAAGUGGUUGACGGAAGAUGAGAAGAGACUCUCUCGUGAGCGCAUGGGAGACUUUGGCGCCAAAACAUCAAAGCUGAUCCCGACUUCGGUUCUGAAGCAAAAGUUGCGCAAGCUGAUUACUCACCCUGUUACUUUCUUCUUUCUCUGUGCAUUUGUCAUGAACGCAUGGGCACAUCGAGCAAACGCGUACUUUGUCCUGUACAUCGAAAGUCUCAAGGACAGUGCGGGCAACCAAAUCUACAGCACAUACCAAGUCAACAUCCUUCCGUUGGGUGGCUAUGCGAUUCAGAUCUGCACCAACCUGAUCCUCAACGGCCUGUCGGACUGGAAGCACUGGAGAUGGCAGAUCAGUUCAGGCUGUGCCUUUAUGCUGGGUGUCAUGCUGAGUGUUCUCUGUGCCUGGCCAUCGGACAACAAGGUCGUCAUGGGGUUCUACUUCAUGACCUACGCUGUCAACGCAGGAAGUCCAGCCCUGAUGGCGUGGUUCGCUGAGUUGAUGCGAAAGGAGCCUGAAGCACGAUCCAUCGUUGUUGCUUUGACAGUCAUGAUCGUCUAUAUUGGGCAUGCGACUAUUCCUCUUCGUGCCUUUAGGGUUUCUGACGCGCCGCAGUAUCCGAUCGGAUUCCCGCUCACAACUGCGUUCUCGUUUGGGUCUGUUUUUGUGCAACUUGGACUGCUGUGGUGGUCUCGAAGGAACCCUCAACUCAUGCGGAACGGCUAUGAGGGCUCAUCCAUAGAUUCGAGAGCAUCUGAUGAGGAAAGCUCUGGUGUCGUUGGAAGAGAUGGAGUGAGUGUCGAUGGGGAAGAUUACUCGGGCAAGGAGAAGACAUCAAGCCCUGUUGUCUCAAAUCUCGAUGGAUGA